AUGGCGAAUCCUCCAGAAAAACAUGGUCCUCGCAUUCAAUGGAAUGCGGAAGACGUGGAAUCGGCCUCGAGGCCUCGCGCACUGCACCGCUCAAAUUCGCAAAUCUCCAUCCACAGCAGCCAUAGCCGCCGGGGAUCAAUUGAUCCAUCACACGCACUCCCUAUUCAAUACCGAGCAGUAUCUUUUCAAAUUGAUGAAGGCAAAGAUCAAGAGCUUUUGAAGGCUACGAAGGCCAAAGACACUGCAGCAAAAGAACUUGAAAGCCUCGAUUGGCAUAUAAUUUCACCCGACAAAGUCUUUGAGAGGCUCUCGACCUCGAAGACUCAAGGCCUUUCCGCCGAACAGGCGAAGAGGAAUGUAUCUAAACACGGCAAAAAUGUUCCCUCUCAGCCACCGACCCAUUAUACAAAGCAAAUUUUUGGAUACUUUUUCAAGGGAUUUGGAGGCAUACUUCUUGUUGGUGGCAUUCUCGUCUUUGUAUCAUGGAAGCCGCUUGGAGAACCAGCACCGGCCAUUGCUAACCUAGCACUCGCCAUUGUCCUUCUUGCUGUCUUUGUUAUCCAGGCUGCGUUUAAUGCGUGGCAAGAUUGGUCUUCGUCUCGAGUAAUGGCAUCAAUUACUACUAUGCUUCCCGAUAACUGCAUGAUAUUACGGGACGGCGUACAAGUAACAGUACUCGCCAGUGACAUUACUCCUGGAGACAUUCUGUAUAUCAAGGCCGGAAACAAGCUCCCCGCUGAUGUACGGUUCGUCGAAAUUUCCUCAGACGCGAAGUUUGACAGGUCCAUUCUGACUGGUGAAUCUGCGCCUCUUCCCGGAACGGUAGACAGCACCGACUCUAAUUUCCUCGAGACCCGAUGCAUUGGCCUACAAGGUACUCAUUGUAUAUCUGGAAGUGGCCUCGGUGUAGUUGUCAGUACUGGGGACAAGACAGUCUUUGGUCGGAUAGCAAAGCUUGCCAAUGAACCUUCGACUGGUUUGACACCUCUAGAGAAGGAAGUUCUCAAUUUUGUCUUCGUCAUUAUCUCUAUUAUGGUAACGAUGAUAGUUACUCUUAUUAUCGUCUGGGCUGCAUAUCUUCGUCCUCAUUACCCUGGCUGGAUCUCAGUACCAGCACUCAUUGUAAGCUGUGUUAGUGUCGCCAUCGCAUUCAUCCCUGAAGGGCUACCAAUUGCAGUCACUGCCAGCCUUACAAUCACCGCCAAUAUCAUGCGCAAAAACAAGAUCUUAUGCAAGUCUCUCAAGACCGUGGAAACCCUCGGCUCGGUUUCUGUGAUCUGCUCGGAUAAGACUGGUACCUUGACCAAGAACCAAAUGUAUGUUACCGAAGCUGCUAUCGGCGUAUUCAGCAUGACUCCCGAAAGUAGCCGCGAUGAAAUGCUCCGUCAGAAAGAUGCGGACGACGGCCAAAACUCUGUCUCUCAAUUACGCACUAUUGCAGGUCUGUGUAACUCUGGAAACUUCGACGCAGCUACCUACCACUUGCAACUUCACGAACGGAAAAUAAACGGGGAUGCCACCGAUCAGGCCAUACUCCGCUUCUCAGAGUCACUUGGGCCAGUUACUGAGCUCCGAGAAUCAUGGGUUAAGACUUUCGAGCUUGCAUUCAACAGCAAGAACAAAUAUAUGAUAAGGACCUUUUCUCUGGCUAAUAAGGCCGGCUUGGAACUAGCUCUACCAGCCAAUGAGGCGAAUGCAUUCUGGGAGAAUGGCACCCUCCUGACGAUCAAAGGAGCACCAGAUGUGCUAAUCGGUAGAUGCUCUAUGUUUGUAGACCGUGACGGUGUCAGCAAACCUCUCGAUGAAGCGACCCGCGCUAGCAUAUCCCGUAUGAAGGACCUCUGGUCUUCCCAGGGCAAGCGUGUAAUCUUAUUAGCUCGCAAGACUCUUCGCCAAGAACAAAUUCGAUCAACCCCUGCCGAUGCUAGAUUCGAAGAGGAGAUAAUAGAGCAUUCUAGGGCUGGCUUGACCCUUGUCGGGAUUGUUGGUAUCGUUGAUCCUCCCCGCGAUGAGAUACCCUCGGUUGUGAGCAUUCUUAGAGGUGCUGGUAUUCGCAUUUUUAUGGUUACUGGAGACUUUGCGUUGACUGCACAGGCUAUUGCUGCUGAAUGUGGCAUUAUUACCAACCCACCAAGCGAAGUAAAGACUGUCUCUGCACUCUCUCAUGACGCAGCAUCCUCAUCUUCAUCUAUUAACAAAUCAUCUGACCCGACUCGCCAAUCUACAAGUUCAAUCGUUGUCAGCGGCGCAGAGCUGAUUGCUCUCAACGACUACCAAUGGGACCAACUCUGUCGCUAUGACGAGAUCGUGUUCGCCCGUACAACUCCUGAGCAGAAACUUCGUAUUGUACGGGAAUUCCAAGGCCGCGACGAAAUCGUCGGGAUGACCGGUGAUGGAGUUAACGAUGCGCCUUCCCUUAAAGCAGCAGAUAUCGGGAUCGCACUCGGCAGCGGCUCCGAUAUAGCUAUCGAAGCCGCGGACAUGGUUUUACUAGACUCCUUUUCAGCAAUAGUCGUCGCCGUACAGUACGGUCGCGUUGUCUUUGACAACCUUAAGAAGACUAUCGCGUACCUACUCCCCGCGGGCUCCUUCUCUGAGUUCUGGCCGGUCUUUGGCAAUGUCAUUUUUGGUCUCCCGCAGAUCCUGUCCUCGUUCUUAAUGAUUAUUAUAUGUUGCUUUACAGACUGCGCAGCGGCAAUUGUACUUGCGUACGAGGCUCCCGAGGCUGACGUUCUCCUCCGCCGCCCGCGCAAGCCCAAGGUAGACCGUCUCGUCGACUGGAAGCUCAUGCUACAAACCUAUGGGUUUAUCGGAGUCCUCGAAUCGAUUGCCUCCUUCGCUAUGGCUUUUUGGUAUCUCGAGCGCCAAGGGAUCCCCUUCUCCGUCUUCUGGUUCCAGUACGGAGCGCUCCCCAGCGACCUCGACUCUGAUUUCGUCGCCUCGCAACUCGCUAUCGCAUCCUCGAUCUACUUCGUCAAUCUCGUCGUGAUGCAGUGGUUUAACCUACUCGCAGUACGCACGCGCCGACUUAGUAUCUUCCAGCAUCCGCCGUUGUUUAAGAAGGAAACGAGGAAUUGGCUCUUGUUCCCGGCGAUGGGCUUCGCGCUUGUGAUGGUCUUCUUCUGGCUUUAUGUUCCCGUGUUUCAGCGCGUGUUGGCUACGGCACAGGUUCCGGUGGAGUAUUUUUUCCUGCCUGGUGCGUUUGGAUUAGGCAUUUUGUUGUUGGAUGAGGGGAGGAAAUACAGCAUCAGGACGUGGCCAAACAGUGUUUUAGGGCGAUGUGCUUGGUGA